AUGGUAAGUUGUUUGCAUUAUAUUGUAUACAUCAUGACUUUGGAAAAUGAAUGGAAUGGACGGUGAAACAACUGGAAAUUUGGGAUGAAAAUAUCAGCAAUGAUAUCAGUCUUGAAUUCGUUCCGGUUUCACCGUCACAGCCCAUUUCUUGACGACCCAACACUCUUUCCAAGGGAAUUACAAGCGAUUAUUCCAGGCGGCGAUGCAACAUUGGAUGGAGCGAACAUGUCUCACAUUUCAAAGAUACGAUCCGCUAAGACAUUCUGAUUACAUUCUUUUCACUCCGGACAAGUGUGGGUAAGUCUUUCUAUUCUAUGAACUUUUUGAUAUUUUAUUUUAUAUGUACUGACGUUAGGAUCCAAAUUUUGAUGUAAUUUUUGCAGCUGCUGCUCUCAUGUUGGCCGGAAAGGAGGAGGAGCUCAGAUCAUAUCGAUUGGCGAGAGGUGUGACAAAUUGGGAAUUGUAGUUCAUGAGAUUGGCCACGUUGUUGGGUUUUGGCAUGAGCACACGAGGCCGGAUCGGGAUGAAUUCGUGGAUGUUGUUAGAGAAAAUAUACUGAAAGGUGAGAGUAAUAAAGAUGUUUUUAAUGGCUUCAAUACAUCUGCAAAUGGGUACUGGAUCCGUUUGAUUCAAAGGGGCGGCUUUUUAUAUUUCUAGACAUCGGCGAUGACUAUUCUUUGUAGGAUUUUUCUAUUCUUUUUACUUCUUUAUCUUCCAGGCCAGGACUACAACUUUGACAAGGCCAAGUCUAACGAGAUCGACUCCCUUCACGAGACCUAUGAUUACCAUUCCAUUAUGCAUUACGCUCGGGACACCUUCUCCAAACAGAAAGGGCUUGAUACGAUAAGGCCUAAGGGAAUUUACAGCAACCAAAUGGCACCAUUUAUCGGACAACGGCUUGAAUUGAGCAGAGGAGACAUCAGACAGACUAACAAAUUAUAUCAUUGUCCUAGUAGGCUGAUUUUUUUGUAUAUCUUAUCUAGUGUAAUAUUUUUUUAUUCUAGAAUAAUUUAAAGGUACGGUCAAGCUGACAUUUUUGUAUUUUAGGAUGUUUCCAGACGUUUGCCUCAUCAACCGGCCGAUUAUACACUGAUGGGGAUUGUGCUGACUUUGUUUGGCGAAUAAUUUCUUCUGAAGGUCAAAAUAUUCGAAUUAACCUAACUCUAUCCAAAAUAUUCUCAAAUUCAACCGAAGACUGCGAUCAUAACACAACUGAGUUGCUGAGAAUUCGGGAUGGGGGAAGUUUGAAGUCAUCUGUGGUGAAGGAGUACUGUAAUUCGAAAGGUGACGUCACUUUUACUUCUUACAAUUCAAAGAUGAUACUCGAACUAAGGUCGCAGAAAACACCUGGAAAAGUCUUGAUUGGGAAGUUUACAGGUAAGUUUUUUCUACAUUACAUCUAUUUAAUCACUAAUAAUUGUAAUUUUGAUAUUACUUUAGUUGACUGUGGAGGUCUAAUUGAAGGCUCCCGAGGUCUCUUGGAGUCUCCAAAUUGGCCAAACCCGUACUCAGAGGGCUUAAAUUGCCUCUGGGUGAUAAGGGUACCAGCUGGGUAUCGAGUGGCUGUCAGAUUCAGCUAUUUUCAAGUGAGUUCACAUCACCUACUACAAUAUAAUUUCUUCAGUUGGAAUCGCAAAAGGACUGUCUCUAUGAUCGCUUGGAUAUCUACGAGACACAUUUGAAUAAAACCGAGGUGUUGGCGACUCUUUGUGGGACCUCUUUUCCUGACACAAUCGCGACUAAAAACUCGAAUGAGGUGAUCAUUAAGUUUUCGAGUGAUCAGUCGAUUCAAAAAAACGGGUUUCAGCUGGAAUAUUUGAAAGGUAACGUUUCAUAAUAUGGAAGUAAAAAAAUCAUGUGAAAAUUUUGACAAUUUAAAAAUUUCUUAUAUUAUUUUAGACUAAAUUUAUAUUAUUUUACCUUCAGAGAUCGAUGAAUGUCUCUCCGGAGCGAAUAAAUGCGAGCAGAAGUGUAAAAAUGAGAUUGGCGGGUACACAUGUGAAUGCUACAUGGGCUACAGACUAAAUGAAGAUGGAUUUAGUUGUGUGGAGACCUGUGGAGGGGUCAUUUCAUCGCCUAAGGGGAUUAUUACAAGUCCGAAUUGGCCCGAAGAUUACGACGCUGACUCGAGUUGUAUUUGGAAAUUGGAAGCGCCGGAGAAUCAUCAGGUUUGAAGCAAAAAAAUUGUGUAGAUAUUUUCUCUGGCCGUCUCUCCGGGUUUUCAUUGUCUCUCGCCAAAAAAUAUUUAUUGAAAAUCUCCGAUGCUUCUCUUAAUUAAGAGCUGAAAUUUCAAACAAACGAAAUAAUGACUGUUUGAAUAAUUACUCUAAAAUUUGAAGGAGUUAGGUGGCGUUACCUUCGAGCGUUGAACCUUUUAAUCUGAUGAUGACAUUUAUUUGCAGCGGAAGUACUCCAAGUGCGACGCUCAGAUUUUGAUGAAACUUGGCACAAAUUUAGAAUAAUUUUUUCUAAGGUAUAUGCGAGAAUCCUAGCUCGCGCUUUGCAGAAACAACCGAGAUUUUUAGAUCGAAAGUCGGCGAAAACUUAGGACUUUUUGCCGAAUUUCGGCACGAAAAGUUUCAUGCCUAUUUCAACUGUAAAAUAUAAUGGUUCUACAAAAAAUCAAAAUUUUCCGCCCGAAACUGCCAAAGUUAUAGCCAAAAAGCGCUUUUCUCUCUGACCGCUCUCCACGUUUAGCGUGCUCUCUCUGCUGCAAAAAUCGUUCGAUAUCUCGGCGACGUCCGCAAAGCGCAAGCUAAAACUUUCAGGAAUUGAUAUUUAGUCCAUACCCGAAGUGUGUGCAAAAUUUAAGGAAAAUCUGAGCAUCGCACUUGGAGUACAGGGUGGGCCACUCGAAACUCCCAACCUCUUUUCAAGGGUUUCUCCGCCAAUAAUGCACCAAUUUCUAUAAAAUUUAUAUCAAAUUGAAGCUGAGACACCCCAUUUCUUGUCCACCAAAUAUGGCCCGUCUAACUUCACGGAAGCACCCGUACUGACCUUUUACAUUUUCAUUCCAAAUUUUGGAGCCCGAAAUCGGUGAAACUUAGAAAAUUUUUGGAAUGAUUUUCAAUUGAGUUUCUCGGACUUAGAAAAUUUUCGGAUUUCUUGCUAGAAAAAAGUCGCCAAAUUCGUGGAAAAAAGUUUUAAGAAAUUAAAGUUUAUGUCCGUACCAAGCGUGUUAAACCCAUAUUUCAAUCAGGCGAGGUACCAAUUUGGGCGAAUGAGAACGAAAGCUGUUUUCUUGUGCAAUCUAAGCCUGGAAAGUUUCUAUGCAUCUUCGGGGUGGAUGUCGUCAUGCAUGUCGACAGUUUCGUCCAUUUUUUAACAUUUUGAAAAAUUUCGAAUAAUUAAGCCUGUCGCCCCAGAUCACGAAAGCAACGCCUUGAAGAAUAAUUUUGUCUAUUCCGUUGACUACCAUCAUUUUUUUCUAUUGCUUAUAAGACUUUUAUUUAGCCAAAGGCGCGAACAUUUUCCAAUUCCAAGAAACUCAACUGGAUAUCAUUCCAAAAAUUUUCUAAGUUUCACCGAUUUCGGGCUCAAAAAUUUGGAAUGAAAAUGUAAAAGGUCAGUACGGGUGCUUCCGUGAAGUUAGACGGGCCAUAUUUGGUGGACAAGAAAUGGGGUGUCUCAGCUUCAAUUUGAUAUAAAUUUUAUAGAAAUUGGUGCAUUAUUGGCGGAGAAACACUUGAAAAGAUGUUGGGAGUUUCGAGUGGCCCACCCUGUACUUCCCCUGUUAGUACAAUAUAAAAAUUUGUUUUGCUGGAUGAAUAAAACUGAUUUUGGUCUAAACAAUGUUUGCAAUAUAUUUUUAUAUAUUUUUUUUUUAAAUAAUUUUGAAUAUUUCCAGAUCUUCCUGACCAUCCACAACUACUCCAUCGAGGGGCUGAACUCGGAAUGUUCCUAUGAUUUCCUCAAAAUAAGUCGCAUCGACAUCGCCCCUCAAAAUGAGACAUUUAUAAAGUUGUGUGGCGAGGAAUCGGAUGUUCUCUCUUUUCGCUCGGCUUCCAACUCUCUGCUACUAGAAUUUAAUUCCGAUUCUUCGAUGCAAAAAACGGGAUUUUUUGCAAAUUACGUCUUUGACUUGGAUGAAUGUAAAAUUACAUCUACUUGUUCACAUAUUUGUGAGAAUACGAUCGACUCAUAUGUUUGCACAUGCCCUGAAGGGAUGGUUCUGAGCGAGGAUACUGUAACAUGCAGAGAAGAAAAGUGUACGGUGCAGAUCAAUGAGGCCAAUGGGUUGAUUAGUAGUGUAAAAAUGGAGGAGAAGAAGAGCAAUGAGUGCUUCUAUCAUCUGAUUACAACUCCCGGACAUCAGUUAGUGCUGGUAAGUGAUACUUGAUAAAUCUUUUAACUGUUAUUUUAUUAAACUUCGCCAUCUUAAAAAGAAUUAUUAAUCAAAAUAAUUUUAAUAGCAAUUUUUUAUGAUUACAAUUUUAGCCAUUGAUAAAUAUUAAUUACUCCAUAAAUAGUUGUAAAAUGCUUUCCAGACCUUCCAAGACUUCCAUUUCGACUCCUCUUGUCUUAAAGACCAUAUUGAUGUAUACGAUGGAGCUGAUCUUACCUCAUCAAAUUUGAUCGGAAAAUUGUGUGGGGGCAUUCUCCCUCCGACAGUAACAUCGUCUGGAAACGAACUUUUAUUGGCAGUAUACUUGAAUAAUUUUGGGGAAGCGAAAGGAUUCAACGCCUCCUUUAAAUCUGGUAAGUCCUUUCAGGGGGUAAUGAUACUAUUGCCGUGCUCAAUUUACCUCUGAAAUAUUCCUGGGAUUUUUAGCUCAAUAUUUGCGAAAAGAUCAACAGGAUUUUUUAUAUCUGUAAAUUGUGUUUUCUUUUCUCAAAAACUGCGUCUUCAGAAUGUGGGGGCCAGAUUUCGGUGGAGCGUUCGCCCGGCUACAUCUACUCCCACACCGGAUUCGGGGACUCCAAAUAUUUCCCGUCGAUGGAUUGUCGUUGGGAACUCUCAAAAUCCCCGAAUCUCAACUCCGGAACUACCGUAAUCCGAUUACUUUUCAAACAUUUCCUCCUGGAAUCGGAUGAGAACUGUGAUUAUGAUUAUGUGCAAGUUUCCGAACGAGAGGAUUACGGUGAUUGGACUACGAAGUCGAGGUUUUGUGGGAGGACUCCGAUUCGACCAGUGUUUUCGACCAAAAAACAUCUAAUGUUGAGGUUUGUUUCGGACAGAACCUUCGAAGACAAAGGCUUUAUCAUCGAAUACAGUAUGAUCGACCUCAGUGAUGACGUCAUUACUACCUUAAAUACGACUGAAGAUAGCGAGAGGGCCAAGAAUUUGGUGGUUUACGAAUAA